CUAUGAGCAGGAGUUGGUUCCGGAGACUCAACCGGAACUAUCCGGCACCAAAAAAGUGCACGCCGGAAGAGCCACAAAGCGAAAGACACUCAAGCGAUGACUGAGGCUGCACAGUUAGUCCAAAAGUGGAUGCCGGAGGAAGAGUGUGUGUUGGUGUUGGCUUGGGUUGACGUCUCCGAGCAUCCUAUCGUUGGUUCGGAGCAAACGAAGGAUGCAAUGUGGGAUCAUAUCGAGAAGAAGUUCUUUAUGGCGAUGAACAAGGACGCCUCGUACCGUACUCGGGACCAACUCACUUCCAAAUGGGGCCACAUGACCGUAAAGUCAGAAAGUUUAUCAGAGUUUACGAGGAAUGCGCCCAGUUUCGAAGGAGCGGGACGAACAACGCCGAUGUUCUCCGGCUUGCCAUGGCCUGGUAUCAAGACGACGGGCACCAAGGCAAGGUAACCAUCGAUCUUUGGAGGAUUUUGAUCCGUUCACCGAAAUCGCAACAACUCAACAAUUUCGACGCUGAAUCCUCAAAAAAAGAUCAUCCGUCAACGCCAAGGUUGAGGUCGAUGACACUAUCGGUUCGUCCGAAGAAAGACCUCCCUUCAACAUUGCAGAUUCCGAUGACGAGGACCUCAUUCCACGGCCGAUUGGAAGAAAGAAGGUCGGACAAUGGUUGAACAACUUCAGAUGUUCAAUAUUCGAGAAGAAGAGAGGGCGAAAAGAAAGCAAGAGAAGGAAGAUAUUGAAAUAAUGGAAACUGACCUUG